AUGAGACAGGCCAUAUUUUCAUCCACCGAUGAUGCUUCAUCUUACUUAGCAGAAUAUAUAAUUAAGCAAAUUAAGACUCAUGAGGCUAAGACAAGUAAGCCCUUUGUAUUGGGUUUGCCAACUGGAUCGUCUCCAGAAGGCAUAUAUUCUAAGUUAAUUGAGGCUUAUAAGAUGGGUAGGAUUUCCUUCAAGAAUGUCGUGACUUUUAAUAUGGAUGAAUACUUGUCUUUACCUCCAUCUAACCCACAGAGUUAUCACUAUUUCAUGUACAACAAGUUUUUUAACCAUGUUGACAUCCCAAAAGAAAAUAUUAAUAUUUUGAACGGAUUAACAAGCGAUGUUGAAAAGGAAUGCGCAGAUUAUGAGAAAAAGAUUAAAUCUUACGGCAGGAUAAAUUUAUUUCUAGGUGGAUUGGGUCCUGAGGGGCAUGUCGCAUUCAAUGAAGCAGGAUCUACCAGGAAUUCAAAAACCAGAAAGGUAACAUUGGUUGACUCAACUAUAAAAGCCAACUCUAGAUUCUUCGGCAAUGAUACCAAUAAAGUACCGAAGUUUGCUCUUUCUGUAGGUAUUUCAACUAUCUUGGAUAAUUCGGACGAAAUAGCGAUUAUUGUUCUUGGAGCAAAUAAGAAGUUUGCAUUGGACGUCACGAUGAAUGGGGAAAAAGACAAUGCAAAGUUUCCUUCGACGUAUCUUCAAGGGCAUCCCAAUGUUGUUAUAGUAUGUGAUACCGAGGCAGCUGGGUUGAAGUCAAAAAUGUAA